GAGUUGUCUGUGUGUGAGUUGCUGAACCCGCGAGUCGUCAUGUCGGGCAGGUCGGUUCGCGCAGAGACGCGGAGCAGGGCCAAAGAUGACGUCAAGCGGGUUAUGGCCGCUAUCGAGAAAGUACGAAAAUGGGAGAAGAAAUGGGUGACAGUGGGCGACACAUCACUGCGUAUUUAUAAAUGGGUUCCAGUUGCAGAGUCAAAGUCAGAUGAUAAAAAUAAAAACAAGAAGAACGGACAGGAUGAGAAAUAUGGGUCGGAGGUCACCACCCCCGAAAACAGCUCUUCCCCGGGAAUGAUGGACAUGCAUGAUGAAAACAGCAACCACAGCUCCAUCGCUGACUCUUCACCCGUGAAGCAGGAGGCCAGCAGUCAUGGCAGCCCUGGGCCUGAACUCAGUGGCGCCACCCCGAGGGAGGGCAGUGACACUGCAGCACUUAAAGGCGAAGCUGGCGUUCCCCACACAGAUGGUACUGAUGCCAGGAAAGAAGAGGUUGAGGAUCAGUGCAAAGACAGUCAGGACUUGGGCACUGAGACAGGGAAAAGCUUAACGGCAGAAACCUCUGUGAUUACUGUUACCAAACAAAGUCCCCAGACCACUAGGGGGCAGGACCUCUCCUCAGAUGCCACUAAAGACACUCAGGAAUUAGAAGAGGGCCCUCCGGGUAAGAAGACCAAACAGGAGUCACCUUCUAAGGAGUCUAAGGAAGAGAUUUAGAUAAGUCUUGGUUUCUUUCAACAGUGUAGAUGUCUCUUCUUUAAUAGUAUGGGUGCAACCUGGCGUAGGCUACCUCCCCCAUAAGACAGACAAAAACACUUUCAGAGUCCCGCCAAUGUCUCAUCAUUCACUCCUCUCUUGACCUCUUCAAUUUUAUCUCAUCUUUUUUUUUGACAUAUGGAGAUGUAAGGUAUAGGAAAAAUGAGUUUAUUUUCCCACUAGACCAGGCCAACGUCAUUAAACAGUAGCUCUGCCUUCUCCAAAAGUCAAUUUCACAUUUACCGUCAUCCCAUCUUUUUUCUUUCCCAGGGCAUGCUAAUUCAACCCGAUUAGCUAUAAGCGCCAUCAACACAAUUAGCCUCGAUUAGAAGUACAUUUAGUGCUCAGAUCCGAGGCUCUGCAGUCCCCUGGGUAUGGACACACAGAUGUAGUGCCCUUUAUCUGUGGCGCUUAACGCAGAGGACUCAUGCCCAAGGGGUCUGUGUUAAAUUAGGUUCCUUUGUUUAACCAUCGCCUUACAGCAAUCUAUAAUGAAGUGAAUAUAUUCUUGUGACACACAAUUAGGGGUAAUUAGCAAUUGUAGUGUACUCAUUAAUGAAGGCGUGCCUGGUAUUACUUUCAUACAUUUGUGGAGUUAAUAGAUUACAGUUCUCUUGUAAUAGCUGCUGUUUUUUUUUCCAUUUUUUUCAUGGAGUAGAUGUGCAAGUGAACUGUAAGCACACAUCAUGCUGGAAUGCUGACUGUUAUUUUGGGCAUUGCUGAUCAAAUUUUGCAACUGUAAAGGAUCUUGAUUUCGUUUGACCUAUUUUAGAGAGGAAUUCCGUAAAUAUGUAACAUUUUACCUGUUUUACAGGGCUAUUCCAACACACCCGUUAAGGUAGGAUAGGGAUUUUUGUAGCAAGAGUUCUUCCGCACCGUCACAACAUUCAAAAACCCACAAAACAGGCAACAUAUACUGUGUGAUUGAUGGGAUGUAUGGUGGUGUUUGAGGGGGGGGGGGUCCACUGAAAGUUAAGUGUAGGCUACGUGUUUUCAUUUUUUAUACUUUUGAAAUGGAAGACAAACAAGCCAAGUAGCUCAUUAAAUACCUCAUGUCCAGUUUAACCAAGCUGCUAUUGAAAGGUUCGAUUUUAUCUCUCCGUGUUUAACAUCUCACAUUGUAGGUCUCUGUUUUACCAUUCUAACAAUCCUGUCCUACACGUUACAGUUUUGCUGUAAAAGAAACAACACGUUAUAAACGCCUAGAUAUAGCAUUCCUCUUCCGGGAACACGUUCUUGAGUCUUGUUAUGAUAGUUCUACACGAAACAUGGUGUUACCUAUUUAUUUUUUCUUUGCCUUGUUUAAUGUGUAACAUAUAUGCUUGAAUAGUAAAUAAAUAUGAUUUAAUAGUAA